AUGGCCCCAAGCAUCCAGUUAGAGACAUAUAACCGCAUUGUAUACGCCAGAGUGUUGGAGCAACUUACAGACGCUCCUAAAAAGUCGUUUAAAGAGACUUUGGCGGACUUCAAUCAGAUGAUGUGGUUCAUCAUUCGAAAAGAAGGAGAAAUGAAGGUAUACGCAUACAUGCAAUGCUGGAAACAAUUAGAAUCUUUUGGUGCUUUCGAUCACCUUAAAACUAUUUACAAAGACGCCAUUGCUCCAUCUGAUGAUGACAAGUACAGCCUCAUGUUAACUAUUCCAGCCAAAGCUCCAUCUGGUACUAACGAGUCUUACGCUAUGGAUUGCUCUAAGUUACUUACUAACAUGUUGAUUGCCCCAGCUUUCAUUGCUGCUACUAAAGCUAAAGAAGGAAAAGGUGACGACAAAGUCAUUCAAAUUGAUUAUAGACCAGGCGAGUCCUAUUGGGUCAAAUCAAGUGGCGAUAGAAUGACCGUCAUCUUCUCUAUCAAAUUCGACGACAAAGACGACGCUGUCUUCGGGAGAGUCUUUGUUAACGAAUUCGCUAAAGGACAAGCCGGGUGCCCAAGUUGCGAUGUGGUGACUCGAAAGAACGCACCACCACCCGCCGAAUUGAAAGACGUCUCCGGCCUUGCAGAAGACAAUUGCUACAUCUCUUUCUUGUUCGAAAAGAGACAUUUGGCUAACCCACAGAAAACUCUUGAAGUCCUCAUGACAUGCAGAAAUUACAUCAACUACCACAUCAAGUGCUCUAAAGCUUUCUUGCACAUCAGAAUGAGAAAUAAAGUCUCACACUUGCAAUUGGUUCUCAACAGAGCUAAGCCUGAAAGAGAAGUCGAGAAGAAAACUGCUAGCGGAAGAACUUUCAAGAAAUAA